AUGCUGUCACGCUCACUAAUUGGGGGUCUGACGGCUCUCUCUUUUGCUGUUGCUGUUGCAGCGAAAGGUGGCCAACGCCACUCAAAGAGAACUAGUGAUGCAAGUGCAAGUUCGGGAGAGCUGCAUGAUUUCCAGGUCUAUCCACCUGUGUUGACCGCAUCGGCAGACGCGCGUGGCAAGAACGAGUACGGAUGCGUUGUCACGCAAACAUUGAUGGAUUAUGACUUCGCAAAUAGCUAUGGCGUGCCUUAUGUUGGAUUUUACACGCCCCCGGACUGUGACUUCAAUAGAGUGGUGAUCGAGUUUAACUUGACAUCCAGGGGAAGACAAUAUGAUCGCCUGGCUAUUAUGUACUUCAAUUCGACAGAAAUAUGGCGAACAUCUACCGCUGAGCCAACUCAAGAUGGCAUCUUUUACACCUACAAAAAGGAGAUGCACCAGUACUUACCGCUGUGGAAGGAGCCACAAAAGAUCAUCUUUGAUUUGGGAAACAUCGUCAACUCGGAAUAUACCGGAAUUUUGAACACUACUUUGACCGCCACGUUCUUCACGGUCCCGGACACUCCUGCUGCGGCUAAUAAGAUCUUGCCAAUUUCUCGCCUACUUGGAGCCAGUAAUUCCAGCAGUGUCGCUGUCCUGCCUAGUGAGGAUACAGCUGUUUCCUACACUCUACCUCGGAACCUCAAGCGAGCAGUUAUCAGUGUCUCUGCUUGCGGACAGGCCGACGAAGAGUUUUGGUAUCAAAAUGUUUUCUCAUCUGACACCGAUACCUUUGUGGAUGUUUCUCCGGUCCUGUAUGGCGAUGGACCGUGGCGGGAAGUGCAGGUUCUCAUUGACGGAAUGCUUGCUGGUGUCUCCUGGCCAUUCCCGGUCAUCUUCACUGGAGGCAUCGUUCCUGGAUUUUGGAAACCUAUUGUCGGUAUUGAUGCAUUCGAUUUACGUGAGCAUGAGAUUGACAUUACACCUUUCAUUCCGUAUCUCUCCGAUGGAAAGCCUCACACUUUCAAUCUGGUCGUCGUCAGCGUCAAUGACCACGGCGGAGAAUAUGCGACCAUAGCAAACACUACGACUGAUUCCUGGUAUGUUACCGGAAAGAUCUUCCUGUUCGAGGACGAAGAAGGCCACAUUACUACAGGCUCCAUGCCAGUCAUCAAAGACCCGCUGCCCUCAUUACAAAUCACGCGCUCUAUCUCGACCAACUCUACGGGUACGAACGAGACCCUCACAGAGACAACGACUGCAAAGCGAUCGCUGCUUAUCACUAGCCGACUGAAGACAUCCAGCGGAGAGAAAGAGGUUUCUUGGAGCCAAGAUAUUUCCUACGAAAACUUCAAUCAACUUAUCGAUUACGGCUGGUUCCAGAAGACCAUCCAAAAGACCACUGGAACCGAUAGAACAGGAUCCAGCAUUGGGUAUUCUCUUUCAUAUGAGUACCCAUUCAACUGUGACUGGUGGUAUUUUGAAUCGGGAGAAGAACUUGGUAUCUACGGCAACAUCAGCCGGUCGCUCACUUUUGAUGUUCUGGGUCCAUCCGUAUUCCCCAAUGGUGUCCAGGCUUCAGUGCUAGCUACAUCGACUGGAAAGGAUGGAUCGGAGAUUUUAGAUGUUGAAAAGACAUUUGAUAGUGCUGAUUAUGGCUCUAGUUUGCGAACUUCGCAGACAGCUACUGGGUCCUACUACAGCGAUGACCUGACAACGACAGAUCCAAUCUACAACUUUGGAAGCCUCAAUCAGACAAUGAGUUUCGAGGGUGUUGGAAAUGAUGGGAGCGUCGAAACUUACAGUCGAAAUGUCGGCGUGGUUAACAGCACUAUCACUCACGAUCAGACGCUGUUUGAAGUGGGAAAAUCCUCGAACUAG